CGCCUCCCUGACUUCAUUUCUUCACUUUUCCCUCCUCGUUGCGUUACUGUCGCGUGUCCAAGAGCUGGACGCUUGUUUUCCCUGUCUCCUUAUUCCUCUCCUUGCCUGUAUAGAAAACCGACGGCUGGCCAUCGUUCAUUCGCUGUCGUUGUGCCUCUCUCCACCUCCGAAUCGCAAAGUGAACAGUGCUCGACGCACAUUCUUCGACCGCUCUUCGUUCCUUUCUUUCACCGCCAGCGGUUAUAGACUCUGCACCUCAUCAUUUGCCUCGUUCACAUACCCUUUUCUGCAAUUACUCACACCAUCACCUGAAUGACGAAUCCGCUGCGAUCACCCUCUCAGAGGUCUUUUCGACUAUCCAACCACGGCUUCCAGCCGCUCUCUGGCAUACGCGACGACAUGGAUACCCGACCAGGCGACAUCCCGCUGCAGACUGUCGUCAGCCACACGCCUUCGCCGACUACGAGUCCCAGAGAUGAGAAGACAGAAAAGGGCGGGCUGUUCCAUGGCAGGUCCGGCAGGGGACGUAGAAGACUGGUGCAGGUCGACUCGCAGACAGGCGCUCCCAUGCCUCCCCCUCGCAUAACCGAGGAGAAGACAGCAUUGAACCGAAUGGGUAGGAUCUACACCAAGAUUCUGAACUACAGUCUUAUCACACGCUACAUCGUUUAUGUCACGCCAAUCGCUCUGUUGUUGGCUAUUCCCAUCAUUCUGUCACAGACAAAAACUAUCACAGGCUCAAUUGGCGGUGCAGAUCAGAGAAGGUUCUGGAUAUGGAUUGAAAUCAUUUGGCUGAGUUUCUGGGUGAUGAAGAUCGUUGCUCACUUCCUGCCUGCCAUCUUCGAAUUCCUCGUUGGCGUUGUUAGCCCUGGUGUUCGCAAGUACGCUUUGCUUUUGAGAGCUGUGGAACAACCCCUCUCUUUUGUUCUCUGGAUGAUCGUAAAUCAGGCUACGUUCCCUCCACUUUGCCGACCCAUCACUUCCAGAGCCGCGAACCCACCAGCAUGGAUCUCUAAGGUGCAAUCGGUCCUGCUAGCCCUUUUGAUCUGUACCGUCAUCAUCCUCGCCGAACGCGUUCUGAUCCAAUUGAUAAGCAUCAGCUACCACAGGAAGCAAUUUGACGACAAGAUCAAGGAGUCAAAGCGAAACAUCUACUUGCUAGGUGUCUUAUACGACACAUCGAGGGCUUUGUUUCCCGCAUACUGCCAUGAGUUCACCGAAGAAGACUACACCAUCCAGGAUGCAAUUCUUGAUCUAGGCCUUGGAAGCAAGAAGGGAACCAAGCACGGCCGCUCUGGUAGCAGCACCCCUAUGCGUCUUGUCCGAGAAGUUGGCCGCGACGUUGGGCGAAUCGGCGACAAGGUCACUUCAGUCUUUGGCACGAUUGCCUCAGAAAUGGCUGGAAAGAAAGUGUUUGAUCCGACUUCAGCUCACUCCAUCGUUUUGACCGCUUUGGAAAGAAACAAGUCGUCUGAAGCUCUAGCCAGGCGUAUCUGGAUGUCAUUUGUCGUUGAGGGCAAGAACGAACUGUACCAGGAGGAUUUAGUCGAGGUCAUGGGCGCUGGACGUCAAGAGGAGGCAGAAGAAUGCUUCGCUUCGCUGGACCGCGAUGGAAACGGCGACAUCAGUCUCGACGAGAUGAUCCUUACUGUGACCGAUUAUGCCAGGCAACGAAAAUCUAUCAACACGAGCAUGCACGAUGUUGAUCAGGCCAUCAACGCUCUCGAUGGUCUGCUCUUUACCAUCGUCUUCAUUGUCUGCAUCUUCGUCAUUGUUGCCUUCCUCAGUCCCAGUUUCGUCGGUACGCUGGCUACUUCUGCCACAGCCCUUCUUUCGAUGUCCUUCGUUUUCGCGACAACUUGCCAGGAGAUUCUUGGUUCUUGCAUCUUUCUGUUCGCCAAGCACCCGUACGACAUUGGCGAUCGUGUCGAUAUCUCAGCCGAGCAACUCACAGUCGAACACAUUGCCCUUCUCUACACUGUAUUCAAGCGCGUUACCAAUGGUAAGACUGUACAAAUCCCCAACAUCGUCAUGAACAACUUGUGGGUCGAGAACAUCACCCGAAGCAAGGCCAUGAGAGAGCAAAUCUCUGUGUUCUGCGAUUUCGGUACAUCGUUUGAAGACAUCAAUCUACUCAAAUCGGAGAUGAUCAGCUUUGUUCGGGAUUCUGCCAACAGUCGCGACUUCCAUCCUGAGGUUGAGGUCGAGGUCAUCAGCAUCGCGGAAAUGAACAAGCUCGAGCUUCAUGUCGAGAUUCGACACAAGAGCAACUGGUCCAACGAAUCCCUCCGCUCAUCCCGACGAUCCAAAUUCAUGUGUGCCUUGGUCCUCGCCCUUCGCAGGGUCCCAAUCAACGGUCCAGGAGGUGGAGAUGCUACCUUGGGAUCGCAAGCCAAGCCAACAUGGUCUGUCGCUGUUCCACCAGCUGAGGCGAUCUCAGCAUAUGAGAAGUACAACGCAAAGGCUGACGCUUCACGAUUGCGCCCUCUGAACACCGACAACGACGAGUACAACAAAGGCAAAUCAACUGGCACUGAUUACCUAGGAGUCAGUGUCGGAAAUGGCGAGGAUCAUGCCAUCAACGCUCUGAACAACCGUAAACCUGGAGUCGAUACCGUUCGCGACGAUACCUGGGGUGCUCGCGACGAUGCUAGUACCAUUGGACGACGCAGCACCGACACGCGACCCGAUCUCGACGAAGUGCGCGGCUUGUUGCGCCAGGCCAGCUCGGUGGGACGAAGGAAGGGAGGCACCACACUUUCACCCUAUGGUAGUCGUCUCUCGGUCGAACAGUCGCGUCCGCCACCGCUUCCCCUCUCCGUAGUACCGCAGACAUCGAACUUCGGUACCCAGAGCCAAUACGUACCACCGCCCAACGCACCUGCUCAACCCCAGCCAUCUCUUGCGCCGCGCGGCACAGCACCCGGCUCGCCAAGUUCAAUCUCAACUGGCAAUGUGGAGGAAUAUCAUUACCAGACUAUGGCCCCGCCACCACGUUCUCGCGUCCCCCAGGUCGAGGAGCCGGAUGAGGGCGAGAGGACGUGGGAUCCACGCGCAGCUAGCAAUUCGAAUAACCCGUUUCAGCAGAAGAGGGAAUAGACAAGAUUGAGGAGUGAUGGAAUCGAUAAACAGUGGAAUUUUGGAUAUUUAUGUAAUGCAUUUAAACUACUUAGACUUGGCCUUGGAGCUUCAGCAUCAGUGCUAGAUAAACAUUUUGGUGCAUCUUAUAGAAUUUCUAGUAGCUUUGCCCCUAGAUUGGGCGGCGAAAGAUGGAAUGAAAAAAGUCCUGAGAUUUGAUAUGUGUUGGUUGGUCUUGGUGCGUGAUUUGGAUGUUCUUUCUACUUGCUUUCACAAUUGUUUCUGUUAUGUGGUUUUUGCUGAUGAACGGUGUUGUUCUGGUCUCAUUCACAC